CACACAGUGCAGGAACGACGAGUUGCAAGCACUGGAUGGAAACUAUCUCAGACACACUCGCAUCUCCUGACGAAUAUCUGUGGCAGUUUCACAAGAAAUAAUAAGCCAAAACAUCCCGAGGAUUACUCAAGCCACCCUAACUGGACAGUGAGCGAAGCAUAGCAGAAAAAGAUAUUGCACAUGACGCUGGAUUUAAUUCGCCUUGGAGACUGAGGAACGAUUCGUUUUAAAGCGAAAGUAAUGCAUGUAGAUUUGGGGAACAUGUAUUGAAAGGAGACAAUGUGAAGUCAUCGGCCGCUGCACUACUCCCCAAGACAAGCUGGGCCUGAGCGGAUAUAUCUCCUGUCUGGAUUUACAUCUUCUCUUCCCGUUGCUAAGGAUAUGAAGUUUCCCUGUGCUGUAUUGACUCACUGAAGAACCAGGGGGCCUGAUUAGAAGUGUUUCACCAGCCUUGCCCCACACUGUCGGCGUGUGAAGUCGACGACAGGCGAGGCAGGUGACGGAGCCAGUCGGUUCAUGCAUUCUUCAAGGGUAUAACCUCCCCUGCCUACCUUACAAACCUUCCCAAGGUGUCUAUCAUGAGCUAAGAGCGUACACCAGCCUUUUUGUCGACUUAUUUCCCUUUGGAGGUGAAAAGGGCGUGUUGCAAAACCGGAGAAAGUAAAUCUCUUGGUGAAAUAAAGAGGCGUAAACUAUGAAAGAGAAAUCUAAAAAUGCGGCCCGGACGCGACGGGAAAAGGAAAAUAGUGAAUUCUAUGAGCUGGCUAAACUGUUGCCUCUGCCAUCGGCCAUUACGUCGCAGCUCGAUAAAGCUUCCAUCAUACGACUCACAACAAGCUACCUGAAAAUGAGAAUUGUGUUUCCAGAAGGUCUCGGGGAAUCUUGGGGUCAUGUCAGCCGCGCCAGCUCCCUGGAUAACGUUGGGCGCGAGCUGGGAUCGCAUCUGCUUCAGACGUUGGAUGGGUUCAUUUUUGUGGUGGCCCCAGACGGGAAGAUUAUGUACAUUUCCGAGACCGCAUCGGUCCAUCUGGGCCUGUCACAGGUAGAGCUGACGGGUAAUAGCAUUUACGAAUACAUACACCCUGCGGACCAUGACGAAAUGACUGCGGUGCUGACAGCACAUCAGCCCUACCAUUCGCACUUUGUUCAAGAAUACGAGAUCGAACGCUCUUUCUUUCUGAGGAUGAAGUGUGUUCUGGCAAAAAGAAAUGCAGGAUUGACCUGUGGCGGGUACAAGGUGAUUCACUGCAGCGGCUACCUGAAGAUCAGGCAGUACAGCCUGGACAUGUCUCCCUUCGACGGCUGCUACCAGAAUGUGGGGCUCGUGGCGGUGGGUCACUCUCUCCCGCCCAGCGCCGUCACGGAGAUCAAACUCCACAGCAACAUGUUCAUGUUCCGCGCUAGCCUCGACAUGAAGCUCAUCUUCCUCGACUCCAGGGUGGCAGAGCUGACGGGCUAUGAGCCUCAGGACCUGAUCGAGAAGACGUUAUAUCACCACGUACACAGCUGUGACAUCUUCCACCUUCGCUGUGCACACCACUUACUGCUGGUGAAGGGUCAGGUGACGACUAAAUACUACCGCUUCCUGGCUAAGCAGGGCGGCUGGGUGUGGGUGCAGAGCUACGCCACCAUCGUGCACAACAGCCGCUCCUCGCGACCACAUUGCAUCGUCAGCGUCAACUACGUGCUCACGGAUAACGAGUAUAAGGGACUGCAGUUGUCCUUAGACCAGGUGACGUCGACCAAGCCUGCGUUCCCCUACAGCAACACCCCUAACCCAGCGCCGGACACACGCAGGGCCACCAAGACCCGGGCCACUCGCACCAAGGCCAAGACACGCCUCUCUCCAUACUCACAGUACCCUGGCUUCCACGGUGAGCGCUCUGAGUCGGACCAGGACAACAGCCCUUGGGGAGGGGGAGGCAGUGGCAGUAGCCCCCACACCGACUGCACAUCGCCCCAGCUCCUGGACCCCAGCGAUGGUCUGGAUACCUCCAGCGUGGCUGCCGCCUGUGCCUACCGCCAGUUCUCCGAUGGCAUUGCCAGCACCCCUCGCCCGCUCUGCUACAGCCUGGCACUCACCGAGGAACACCUCCACCACCACCACCACCUCCACCACGCGGACGGCCACGGAGCCGGGCCCGCACACGGGCAUGGCUUGUCGUGUGAGAGGGGGGGUCGCUGCGAGGCCGGCCGCUACUUUUUGGGGACCCCCCAGACGGGCAGGGAGGCGUGGUGGGGCGCGGCACGCUCGGUGUCCAUGCUGCCCGUACCCAAGAUGUCCCCGGAGAACGGGGACGGGAGCUGCGAUGCCCAUCUCAUGCCACACAUCGCCUCCAUACACAGCCUGCACGUUCGUAGCCAAUGGGAGGAGGAGGACAGCGUUGUCAGCUCUCCUGAUGGUGGUGGUGGCGGCGGCUCAAUAGCCAGUGACUCCGGUGGAGGUGGUGAGCGCUACCACUCCGACCCGCAGCAGCAGCAGCAGCAGCAGCAGCACUACCACCCCCAGCACUCCCCCGCCUCGGGCGCAGGCCAGCCGCCGGAGCCCAGCAAGAUGGAGACCCUGAUCCGCGCCACGCAGCAGAUGAUCAAGGAGGAGGAGAGCCGCCUGCAUCUCCGCAAGGACCCGCCCGCACUCUCGCACGCGCACACCGCCAACGGCCUGCCCAAAGCCCACAACGCGUCCUGCUACGCCACUGCCACUGACCUGUCGUUGGCUGCCCAGGGGGGGUUGCUGUGUCGGGUUGGUGGUGGUGGCGGUGGCGGUGGCGGUGGGGGCGUGGUGGUCCAGCCUGCCGUCAGCCCCGUGCCCUCCCCCGUCCCCCUCUCCCGGCUGGGCAGCCCCGGGUCGGACCGCCUGGGGGGCAAGGCAAAGGACUACCUCCAGCACACGCAGCAGCAGCAGCAGCAGCAGCAGCAGCAGCAGCAGCAGACUGAGCUGUCCCCCCAGCACCAGCAUCACCACCACAGCCAGCACCUCACCGGCACCCCAGGGCAUCCCCACGCCUCCUCCGGCCACCCCGGACACCCCCAUCCUGGGCACACGCACCCACAGCAGCAGCAGCAGCAACAGCACCCCAGCCCCCACCAUCACCCACACCCGCACCCACACUCACACCACCCGGCCUCCCAGCUGGCCGCAUCCUACCCGAGCUCCUGCGCGGCCUCCCCCACCCCGGCCCUGUACCCCUCGCACCCGCGCACCCCUGCCUCAUACCUGGACAAGCACGCGGCCGCCGCCGCCUAUUCGCUGACGGACAAGCACACGGCGGCGGCCUAUUCGCUGACCGAGAAGCACACGGCGGCGGCCUAUUCGCUGACGGGCUACGCGCUGGAGCAACUGUACGAGGCGGACGCCCUGAGGGGCUACUGCGGCGGGUCCUCGGCCUACGAGAUGGCCGCCUCCCACCUGCGCAUGCAGGGGGCGGAGCAAGUGCAAGCGCCCGCCCACAAGGGAACGUCUGUCAUCAUCACCAAUGGCAGCUGACCUACCUGACGGAGUGUGGGUAGGGGAUGGGGGUUAGCUGACGACGGGGGUUGGGGCUGGUGUGUGUGUGUGUGUGUAUGUGUGUGUGUAUGUGUAUGUGUGUGCAUUCAUCCGUGUGGAGAACGUAGGAUGGGACACCUUGAACCCAGAAUAUCUGUGGAUGGAGGGUGAUUGUGUUUAGAGAGUGUGCGUGUGUGCUUGCGUGUGUGUGCCUCUGAGUGCGUGAGUGAGUGAGUGUGUGAUUGUGUGAGUGAGUGAGUGUGUGCGUGAGUGUGUGCGUGAGUGAGUGAGUGAGUGAGUGCGUGAGUGAGUGCGUGAGUGAGUG